AUGGCCGCCAAUACUCAUGGCCCUAGUCCCAAGGUCCUCCUCUGCAAUGCCGGCGCUGGUGCUGCAGCAGGUGUGAUUGCGGCUACUUUUGUAUGUCCUUUAGAUGUUAUCAAGACUAGGUUUCAAGUCCAUGGGCGUAUUGCUAAUGCUAAUACUAAAGGCAAUGUUAUAGUAGGGAGUUUACAACAGAUAUUCCGAAAGGAGGGGUUGCGUGGCAUGUACCGUGGGCUCUCCCCUACAGUGCUGGCAUUGCUCCCCAAUUGGGCAGUCUACUUUACUAUCUAUGAUCAACUAAAAAGUUUUCUUGGCGCCGAUGAUGUAAAUCAUCAGUUGUCUAUUGGUGCUAAUAUGGUAGCUGCUUCUGGUGCUGGAGCUGCAACAACUAUUACCACAAAUCCUCUUUGGGUUGUCAAGACAAGACUCCAAACUCAAGGAAUGCGGUCAGGUCUGGUGCCUUACCGGAGCACACUAUCUGCCUUGAGGAGAAUUGCUCACGAAGAGGGUAUCCGUGGAUUGUACAGUGGACUUGUGCCAGCUUUGGCCGGUGUUAGUCAUGUAGCAAUACAGUUUCCAGCAUAUGAGAAGAUAAAAAGUUACUUGGCUGAUCGGGAUCAAACCAAAAUGGAUCAACUUAGUGCAAGAGAUGUGGCUGUAGCUUCUUCAGUGUCUAAAAUAUUUGCUUCCACAUUGACAUAUCCACAUGAGGUUGUGCGCUCAAGGCUUCAAGAGCAAGGGCACCACUCUGAGAAGCGGUAUUCUGGCGUUGUUGACUGCAUUAAGAAAGUUUUUCAGCAAGAGGGAAUCGCAGGUUUUUACCGGGGGUGUGCCACCAAUCUGCUUAGGACCACUCCAGCUGCCGUAAUUACAUUUACAAGUUUUGAAAUGAUUCACCGCUUUCUUGUCACAGCAUUCCCUCCCGAUCCGCAUACUCAACCAUUCUGA